AGAACAGGAACCCUUAUCACUGUUUUAUGUUCAUUCAAGGUGCAGACCCGUCCAUCUUGAUCAUUUGCUGAUGAAUCCCAUCCACGUUUGCUGCUCCUAAUGUUGCCAGCUUUCAAGCUUACUCCAACUAUUUAAACCAGUCGCGGUUGUCGGUUUAGCGGAAUUUUACAAUCAGCCAUCACUGCAAUGAUGCACUCACACAUUUGCAGUGCCAGCUAGCGAUAUUAGUCACGGUAACUAUUUGGUGGUGCUCUGAGUUUUGAGCAGUCCCGUACAGAAAUUGCCAUGUUGCGUAGUUGAGGGCAAUUUUUAUCAGUUUCAUUAGUACAGCGCAAGCCGAUAGCUGGUAAAAUUCUAACGACUUGCUUAGCUAUGAGCUUUUGGUUGAUUAUGAUUUUAUAUGCAUCGAAACUUAUCCGCUGCAGAUACCUCUGAAAUGAAGUCUGUAGUGGAUGAAAUAUGAAUUGAGUUUAUCUGUUAGGUGAAAUCUGGUUUAAACUGGAAUACAUUCCUGCGAUUGAUUAACGAUUUAAGUGAAUUCGGUUAAGAAUUAGUGAUUGUGAGUUGUAACUUCUCUACAGUCAAAACAAACUGUACUGUUAAAUGUGUUAUCUUAACUUAUAUGCUUGUAGAUUCUGCAUACUAUUUUUGUUAUGACGACUCUCUGCGAUAUUUAAAUUAAAGCGUCUUAAAGUAAUCAAUGAAAUACAACUUUAGUUUUCAUAUGCAGUUUGUAUUUACUGUGUUCUGUGCUUGAAAUUUAACCGGACAGCAAUGGGUUACAACCCGGUAAACUGACUGCCAUGAUGACAACAACGACAGAUAAAGAUCCCUCUCCUGUAAACCUACAAGAUCUUCUGGAGAACCAGACUGAUGAUAUCGCAGUUUUGUCUCAGCUGUUUAAAGAACAGCACGAGGAGCAUAUCCGCCAGCAACAGGACACGCGGUCAGAUGAACUGACCAGACAAGUCAACGACAGGCUCCUCAUCAGACACGCUAAUCAGAACCAGGUUGAUGAGUCCUUAACGUCGCUGAGAGUACAGAUAUCCCUGUUGGAGCAGCAGCAGCAGCAGGAAACAGAGAAUGGUAAUAACAGUGGGGCUCAUUGUGGAAGGUGGAGAUGUAGUGUUAUGAGCUGCAGGAUUGAACAGUCCCAUCAUGAUUACACGCAACCUUUUCAGGAUGGAAAUAGACACAUCUUCUUUUGGGAUUGUUGUCUUAGUGACGCUGAAAAUUCCAAAAAGUGCGAUAUGGAUUUAUUUGAUUUUGAUGAUUGACCAAUUUAUUUACUGCAACGCUUUGAAGCGGGGAUAUUGUUCAAGUUUACUGUUUUAAAGAAGAGUUUCCUCGAAAUCAAAUUUUUUGAUAUAACAUUCAAAUUUCUUCGAAAUUAUACAUGUUGCUGAAUAUUUAACAAAGUUGUCGGUAGCUUGUUGUACAUUUGAUGUUUUGUGGCGGCAUUUUCUCGGCACAGAGGGCAGUAAAGCUUCUUGCUGCAUCACUGCUUAUCAACCAACACUCAAGGUUAGACACCACCAUGCCGAGUCACACGUUUAAGCUAAUUAAUUCGAGAAAAAAAUCAAAUUUUCGUCGGCGACCACGGCAUAAAUACAGCGCAUUUAACAGUUUAGAAUGAAUGGGCGGUGUUAAUACAUGUUAAUAUCUUAAUCCAAACAAUCUGAUGAUAAUCACAAACAGUUCAAUCGAUACCUAGCAUGUAGAGUUAACACAGAUUUGUAAAUAAUGUUUUAUUUUCAAUCACAGUCAGCAAAAAAGCUUCCUGAAACGCGAUUUAGUAAAAGACAAAUUCAUCUAAGUGUGUUUAACAAAUAUUCACAGGGUUUAGGCUUGAAAUGUAUAUAAUUCCUUCGGAAUAGAAUGUCCAGACAGUAUGUCGGGUGAGCUCAACUAUUCACUUGUUCAAGAAGCUAAAAAAUGCAAAUACUCCCUUAUUCCUGCCAACCUUUCUGUUGAAGAUGUUUUGUUCGUCUGGCAGAAUGUCUCGCAAUUCAUCGUCAGACAGCUCCUGCAGAACAAGGCGGUUAACAUGACGGGGUUAGGAAUGUUCUCUGUUCUGAAGAGAUCCCUAGAUCUGGGAAGUGACCGACGCGUGUAUGUUCAGAGACCCAUCUUUGUACUGUCAGAGAAAUUCGCCAAACUACACGGAAUUACUUACGCUAAAUAUCAAUCUCCUGGAGAGGUGCCGGUUGUUCAACUGAACUUGGCUGCCAUUUCGAUGGAGAUUGGCGUAGACAGAGAUGUUGUUGACACAUGCAUUCGAGAGCUCAUAUCUACAUUUUCACGCACAGUUAACUCGAGAAAACAUUCGUAUCUCGCAUUCAAAGACAUCGGUCAGUUGGUAGUCAAAGACGGCAAGGCGAAGAUGAAAUUCUUUAAAGAUUUCCUACGAACAAUAGAUGGAACCAGGUCUCUGAUGACAUCUCAUCUUUUAUCUCGACCCCAUACAACUGACUCCUUCAUUUCGAGAAGUUCGAUGAUGAGCUCUAUGUCUAGCAUGAGACCUAACACAUACGUUUUACCAAGUGCCAGCAAUAGAAAUAUCUGGACGAACACAAAAACUGAGGAUGAAAUACCAGAUAGACCCCCAUCAGUGAUUAGUAACCACGGUGGAAACCUCACCCUUUCGCCUCUUGGAACCGUCGAUGAGGACGAGGUCCCGAAUGAACUUGAGGUGAAGUUUGAUCUGCCAGCACCGCCAACUAGAUCUAGUUUCUGUAGCGAUGUUUUAGCUUACGACGGUGGGAUGGAAAUACCAAAACUGGAAAAUAUAAGCAAGAUCAAAAAAUCAGAUCUGAAGCCAGUAAAAGUAAAAGAGGAAGAACCGCUCCCAGAGAAGGAGAUUAAGACAACGUUUAAAGAUCCGUUACAAACUGUCAUCGUUUCCGAGGAAGAAGCCAAGAAACCUCUGUCGCCAGAAUUGGCGGCUGGUUGCAAGCACAACUCUGGCCAGGAGCUGUGUUAUCUGUGUCACCAGAGGCAGCGCCGUAAUAUUCCAAUAUCCUUCACGGAGGAGAAGGCCAAGGCCGAGCAGGAACUAGACCGCGUUCUGCAACAGUACCAGAUGUUUAAAGAUGAUCAGUUUUACGACCAAGAACGGCGGUAUGUCUCACGCGAGAAGGAAAUGUGUAAAGAAGUUGCUGAGUCUAAUCUUGUUCUGGCAGAAAAAGUUCGACAAGAGAAAGUUCCUGACAAAGCCUUCCAUCAAUCGUACAUUUUCGCUCGAAGCGGAACAGUACCGCGUAGAUAUUUGACACAAGAUCAAUAUAGCAACAUACUGGAUGGACAAGUAAAGAUAAAAACAGACCGCCACCAGAAAGAGAAAAGUGAGACUGACAAGCAGGAACGCGCCGAGCAGACGUAUCUCACUCAGGGGCUCGCUGCCUCCAAACAGCGGUUUAUCGAGUCCAAAGCUUCCGCCAUAAAACAAUACCAGACCGCUCUCAAUAGCCAGCUUCAAAACCAGCCAUUCCGGUUUCCACCUGCUGUUCCCGAUUCAGAAGGACCCAUUUUUGGUAAGAUCGACGUUACUCCGGAACGAGUAAGGGACAUGCGAAAGAGGGCAAAAGAAGUGAUGAAACAUCAGCUGAAAGCGAUGGAGGACAAGAAAAACGGUGUAGAAAAAGAAAAGCAGAAUUCGGUGAAAUAUGAAGUUGAGCUCUUGGAACGAGCCAAAACAGAGCUACGAGAGGAAUGCUACAAGAAGUAUUUGAUGAGAAAGGGGGUAAGAGAUGGUUUGGAGAAAAGCUGGUUGGCACAAAGCCAACUCAAGGUGUCACGUGAAACUGACGAACUCAAACACCGGAUGAAAUCAGGGUUGACUCUGCUUCACAUUUGGGAUAGGAUCGCUGCUGCUCGAUCAAUGCGACAAAUACAAACGCUGCGAACAGUGCAAGAAAUGUUAUGAAAACGCUGGCACCUCCAACGUGUGGAAAGAGAGUCGUUAUAUUGCCGGGUGCCGGCUCAUGGUUUAGUAACAUAGACUUUUAAAUCGGUGGACACCAUACCUCUUCUUAUUCAUAUUAUUGAUAUGUUUAAUUUUUAGGAAGCUUUAAACUUUAAUUUAGCUUAAAUUUUCUUUUAGGUUUGAAUUACUUACACUUACAGUGGGUUUGGAUGGUUUAAUUUUUACUUGAGAAUUAUGAUUUGAGACAAUGAUAUACUUCCGAAUCAUAUAUUUGCACACAUAACUCAAAUGUGAUAACAAUUUUUCUGAUCUCCUUACAUUUCCUGAAAGUUGAUUGUAAACUGGCAGCUUACACUUUAAGCUAUAACUAUAGAAUAUAUCCCAGAUUAUAUGGACAUGUUAUUAACAUUGAACUGAAUGCAUAUCACCGAUCCGAGAGGACAUAUGGUUAUAUACGAUGUAUAGUUUUUAUGUACAGUUUUUGGAUGAUGUUAUGUACAAAUGAAAACUAAGAACACAUUAUUUAACGAUUACAAUAAAGAUUUUUUUCGUUCAAA